AACUGAAAAAUGGGCUGAUACAAUUUUUAUGAGACAGAAAACUUACGACUAUGUAAUUUGUGCAUGCCAUAACAACAAAGAUACAGAUUUUGCUACUGCAGCAGCUCGUCAUCACUGGCGUUGA